CGAUCACCCUGACUAUACUCGUCCCGCAUCGUGUUCGUGAGAAAGCUCGAACAAUGGCGCAGAAAUCCGCUUUCGACACACCUUGGUUCAAUUCGCAAGGCAACGACUUCUUCAACUCAUUGAACAAGUCGAAGAAUCUCAACAUCGUUCUGACUGCGGAGACCGAGGACUUCGACGAGGAGACGACGCAGCAGUGGCGGGAUGAAGGCUUCGCUACCAAGUAUGUCCCACUGCUGGACGGUGGGAAGGAGUACGUACAGCGUGUGCACCAAGCCGGAGACGCGUUCGGGGUGAGCGAGUACUAUGGGAUUGUAGCCUUUGACGACGCCGCGUCAGUGAUCCUCUCUGCUCAUGUCAAACCCGCCCACCCUAAGCUCGUAGCCAUUGUCGCUUACUACCCUUCUACCAUCCCCUCAAUCAACACCAAGUAUCCACCCAGUAUCCGCGUCCUCGUCCAUCUUGCCGGCAGUGAAGUAGGUGUACAGCGGCAUCCAGAGGUUCUUGGAAUUCAAUCGAACAAGACGAAGACUGUGAAGAAGCGCAUUGACCCCGGAGCCGGAUAUGGGGAGGUGUUGAAGUUGGGAUUCAAAGCGUAUACCUAUGCUGGCGUCCAGAGUGGCUUUGCUGAAAGUGACCUGGAUGAGUUCGAUCCCGUCGCGGAGAAAGUUGCCUUUGGGCGGAGUCUAGAGUGCGUCAGGCGAGGAUUCAGAGCUGAAACGGAUGUGGAGGGAGCGCGGGAUGCGCUGGUUGAUGCGACGGCAAGUGGCAAUACGAAGAAGGCGCUGGGGUCGUUGCGGCCGUUUGCGCACGUCCUACAUGGGCCUACGUUGACCGGCGGCAUUGGGACGGAGGAACUAGGACAGUUCUACGGCAGCUUCUUCUACCCGCUGCCGCCGGACUUUAGGGUGCGGUUACUCAGUCGCACCAUUGGUACGGAUGGGUCGAGAUUAGUGGAUGAGCUUUACAUCUCGUUCACGCACUCGCAGGAGAUUGCGUGGAUGCUACCGGGCAUACCGCCGACGAAGAAGAAAGUGGAGGUGGCUAUGGUGUCCAUUGCACGCAUGAUGGGUGGUAAACUGGAGAGUGAGCACGUGUACUGGGAUCAAGCGGCGGUUUUGGUGCAGGUAGGCCUGCUCAGUCCGAAGAUGGUGCCGGACGGCUUCAAGAAGAAGGGCGUCGAAGAGCUGCCCGUUGUUGGAGCGGAGGCUGCGAGGGCCAUGAAGAGGGGCAGUAGCAAGCAUAUGAACGAAUUGAUCGAUGAUUGGAAGGACUCAUGAAUAUAGAAGCCUUCGAGACUCUCAUCUUGGACAUUAGUAUGGUGUUCGUGGAGCUGAGCAACCCGUAGGUUUCAAUGACCUUUGCAACUCCACAUCAUAGACCUACGUGUGGGUUAGUGCGCGUUGUCGAAUGUGCGCCAGAGCAUAUCGCG